UAGAUAUGUUAAAUACGACAUUCGUUCCUGGUUUGCAUUAUUGCAUAUAGAGUCAACCAAUCGUAUAAAAACCAACACAAUCAAUCGAGAAUUGACUUUAAUAAAUCCAUAUAUGUACAUAUUGUGAGAGUCGGACUUUUCUAGUAUUCCGACCGAAUUUUGUUGUGUAGUUAAAUUUAUAAAUAUGACGCAUUUUCUUCAUGAUUCCUUUCUUUUAGUACUGUUUAAAGUGAAUUCAUUCAUCAAAGAUGAUCAGUGGAUGGUGUUAAGUUUACAAUAUUACUUAAAUUGUUUUCUAAUAGUAAGUGUACUUAGCGUGAUAAUUUUUUGUUACUGGAUAUUUUUUGUGCCUCUUAACUGGACAAAGCAUUUAGAUAGAAUUCCUGAAUGUCAAAUUUUAAAUACUGAAAAAAACAACAGAAAUAUUAACAAAAAAAUGGCGAUAAACCGACUCAAAAAUAAUCGAUCAGCUAAAACAAAGGAUCUGCCACCUCCCUAUCCCAAUGGAUGGUAUGGAGUUCUGGAAUCUUCUAUGCUUAGUGCCGGAAAAUCAAUGUAUAUUUCAUGUUUGGGACAGCAUUUCGCAGUCUACAGAACACAAGCGCAUAAAGUUUACGUUCUUGAUACUUAUUGCCCGCAUUUGGGAGCUAAUAUGGGUCUUAGCGGUCGAGUUGUUGGGGAUAACAUCGAGUGCCCUUUUCAUAAAUGGAGUUUUAGAGGUAUCGAUGGAAGAUGCACAAAUAUUCCUUACAGUUCGUGUGUUCCUUCAGCUAUUAAAGUAAAGAAAUGGAUAUCCACAGAAGUUAAUGAUCAUAUAUUUAUUUGGUAUAAUGUGGAAGAUUUGGAACAGCCAUGGACUAUUCCAAUUUCUGAUGAACUUCAAACGAAACAAUUUGUUUAUCAAGGUCGCAAUGAAUUUUAUGUAAACUGUCACAUUCAAGAAAUACCAGAGAAUGGUGCUGAUUUGGCUCAUUUUGCAGCAAUACAUAAAAAAAGCUUUAUGUCUAGAUCUAUUGAUGCUAAAGAAAAUUUCUUAACUAAUUUUGCGCGUCAUGAUUGGAAAGCAAGUCACUCUAGCCAGAAUUAUAUAUAAGUUUAUUUAUUUACUAAAUUAAUUGAUAAAAAAAAAACAGUUAUAAUAAAUUGGCCGGUUAUCGGGAAAAAAGUUAUUUAAUAACAUCAAAAGCUGUUUACCAAUUUCUGGCAACCCUUCGUGAUUUGCAGUA